AUGAAAUCGUGCAGACAGGCUGGACAGUUUAGUGUCGAUUGGAGAAUCAGCCGAAACGGUCAACUAAUGAUGAAGAUAAAUGACAAGAACAAGCCACCAAAUGAGGAUGUACCCGUAUCUGUAAAUCGCCAACAAUCACUACCACAACCAACCAAGGCAAUAUCGUCUCGACUCUACAAAACAAUGUAUCAUUCCCUUCAACUAAGAGCAAAUCUCAACACAGUUCUUAUCGUUCUUCUCUACGCAUCACUCACUCACAAAAGCUUUGCAGCUUUGCAUAUCCCCUCAACAACUAACAACAUCUAUCCUCCAUCUGUUGAUGUUGCCGUUGCAGCAGCAGCAGCAGCAGCAGCAGCAGCAGCAGCAGCAGCAGCGGCAGCAGCAGCAGCAGCACAAUAUCCGAUUUCAAAAUCAUUUCACUUCAACCCACCGGUAAUAUUUUAUCAUUGA